UAAUAACUACAUUUUCUUAGGUUUAGUUAUGAUAUUUAUAUGACAUAAAAUAUAAUAUAUGUAUACCAUGAAUAGUGAAGAAAAAACUUAUGAAACCACAGAGAAACGUACACACCAGGUAUUGCUGGCCGAUGUGAAUUCGUUUUUAUCUAAACAUGCUGAUGACAAGGAUCGUCUUGCAUCAUUGGAAGAGCGAACAGACAGUGCUACUAUCCUACUCCAGUUGUUACCAUGUGCAAGAUAUGCUGUGCUGGAGAAACUAGGGGAGGUAUUUCUAGAUGAGGCUCAAAAAUAUGUUGUUGAGUUGGAAAGGCAAAAUUUAGAUGGCUUGCCUGCUUUUAUUGAAAAUGUGUCUAGAAAACGAGAUAUGCAAAUACGAAAAAUUCAACAGGUUUUGGUUUCAUCUAUCGAAGCAAAUUCAAAAGCAUGGGCACCAAUGAUUUUUCAGUGGGCUGUGCAAACAUUGAGUCAGAUAUGUGGACAAUAUGGAACAAAAAGACAUUUUAGUUCGUUAUCAUUGGAGGAAAGGUUUCAGAUGUGGCUUAAUUGUUCAGCAACAAACGUGCUGUUGGAAAUUAAUAUAACUUGCUUGAAUAAAAUCGUGCAACGAAAUCAGGAAAAUUGCUUGAAGUGUUUACUCAAUGCAACCCUUUCUUGCACACCUUAUUUUGAUUGGGCCCUUGCACAUAUCUGUUCCACAUUUGUGGAUUUUAUACCUUACACCUUUUUAUGUCAUGCAUUGGAAGCAUUCAGCAAACAGUCACGAAAAGCUGAAAUUAUAAUUGAAACAAUGCUGUCAAUAUUUCAGUUGAUACACAAACAGAAAAGCAGUGUUAUUGAAGAUGUUAUCUUUAAACUAUACGAAGAAAGCAUGGUUAGCAGUCUUGAUAUGAAAAAGAAAGAAAGCCACACAAUGUUGUGUACCAUUCCAUUCCUACUUCAUAUUUGUAUUCAGUCUGUUGACCUUUUCAUUCCCAUUAUGGACAGAUUCCUGCAAUCAGUAUCCCACAAGAAUUUAUUGAUCAUCUAUGAACAGAGUAAUAAGCGUGAGGAUGUUUUACAACGAGGGAUGUUGCGGAGAAUUGUUGAUUGCUUAAAAAUGCUAGAUGCAUCAAGCUUUAAGUUGAUUCAAUUUUUGAUCAAGUAUGCUUGCAAAGAAGAUACUAUUUUAGUAAAAGAAAAUCCUAACUUGGCUGAAGCAGUUCAGAACUUUUGUACUGUUGUGUUGGAGUUGUUAUGUUUGCAAUUAAAAACUGAUGUUCAUACAUAUGUUCAUCGCGUUCAGUAUCCUUUGAAAAACAAAUCUGUGGAUGAAGCUACGAAAAACCAAUUUUUGUCAUCCCUCUCUUCAUACACAAAACAACUGACACUUCAAAUGCUUAACACAACAGGACAAAAGUGCACAUUCUUAAAAACUUUUAUUUCCCUGAUGGCCAUCCAAGAAGGUGUAGCAAAGAUGGUUGAAGUCUUAAUAACAAUCUUUCUGAACACGGAUAUAAAAUCAAAUUAUUGUUUGCAAUAUUUCAUGGAAAUAUUUGAAUCAAGUAAACCUGACAUAAGGAAAGAUGUAUUUCAAAAAAUCUUUCAAACAAUGGAAGUCUCUGAUGAUGAAUAUUCUCACCGUCAGGUAAAUGCGCUGUUCGCAAAUCUUUUAACAUUAAUGGAAUCUGAAAAAUCUGACUCAACAGAAAGGCGGCUUUCUGCAACAUAUGAUAUCAAACUUUAUGUCAGCCAAAUUGCACACGUAUUAGCAUCGACAAGUAACAGAACUGUUGCCAUAACUGCCAUGAAACUGUUGCAAGUGCUGUGCUCUUCAGAGUUGCGCAUCUCAGAGUAUGCAGUAAUUGCUAAGUCAUCAGUUCAGUAUUAUUUUACUCGUCUGAACGAAAUGAGUGUUCUAUCGGAUAGAACAGAUUUUGACGAUUUAUCAAACGACUUGAAGCUUUGUGAUAAGUUAUUAGUCAAAGUUGUUAGUGAAUAUAAAGUGAUUCAACAAUUUGUGAUUAGAUUACUGUUGGAAUAUAUGCUAAAAAAGGAUGAAGAAGAAUUCGCUACAGAUCCUGAAGAGGCUUUUAUUAAAGUUGAAUUGGUCAAAUCGAAUUACUCGUGUAUUCAAGGGAAUCGAUUUAACAAUAAUUUGACUUCAAUUAGUUUUAAAGAUGGAUUGCGACUAAAUAAAAGAAAGUUGGAAGAAAUUCAUCCUCAAAAUGCGAAAUUGAUUCAUACCUUUUUCAUCAGUACAUUAUCAAACCUGCUUUCGGUAUCCGGUGGUUUUGGAACGUCCAAUGUAAUUGACACUAAGCAUACAAAUUUCUUGACUACCUGGGGUCACCACACAUUCACGCGAAGUUUUCCUAGUGCGUACGCGUAUACCGCAACAGUUAUCGUAGAGCUUGUGUGUCCUGAAAUUACACCUGUAAUGACAUGGCCAGACGAAGACUUUCUAAAGUACACCAUUGAGAGAGAUCUAAAAGUUAAACGAAGAUUUGACGCGCAACCUAUACUCUGGCAUAUUUUAGAAGUGAUUUCAUCAGCUCGCCCUUCAUUAUACCAUUGCUCAGUAAUACUUCAAAGUUUGCUGGGUAUGUCACUCAAGUUUUGGCAAUCGAACAGAAAAGCGUCGAGUAAGAGUUCACCUAUGGAGUUAGCAUCAGUGUCCAAAAUAAUGCACAUUUUGAAACAGGGUGGAUGGCUACCAGCAGCGUAUGAAAGUAUAGCCGACAUUUUUCAUAUGAUUAAACCUAAAGAAAUCUACGAAAUAUUGAGUGCCAUUUGGAAAUAUUUAAAAAACACGAAUUUUGCAGCCGAUAAAUUUUUAGAUCGUGAUCAAUUGGGAAGACCUCAGCUGCAUGUUAACAACGAACUUUUGCACCACGUCCGUGCUGUGAUUAAAGUCAUUUUUCUGCGAAAUAUCACCGAACUUGGUCAUCUGUAUCAUCGUUUUUUACGUGACAUUCCUUCAUAAAAUAAAACUGUUCUAGUUCUUUGGUUUUUCAUUUUCAUUUUGUACAUAUUCAUACAGAAAGAUUUUUCUAAACAGCUA